AAAGAGGCAUCAAUAGAGCCUGAUACCAAGUCUGCACUCAAGGCAUCACUCAUGGAGACCCUCGAUUUCUCUAAGGUCAAAAUAUUAGCUCCACUAUUUCUGGAUAUGGAAAUCAGGUAAUCAAUCAUAGAGAAGGAUCAAGAACCUGUGUAGAGAUGGCGUCGAGGCCCCUGCUUCUCUGCAUCAUUUGCCUUGCCAGCUGCUGGCCCCGAAGAAGGUUGGGACUUCCGAUCGGACAUCCAUCGGAUCUCAUCGACGAACCCCUCACAUACCACGCCAGUUGCCCGACACAUCUGGCAAGUAGGCCUCUUUUGGUCGCAUUUGGCAUGACGCCGACGACAUGUUCUGCAGGCUCCCAGGGCAUGACUGCGACGAGUCCGGCGACCUGAUUGCUUGGAGGAUGCCAUGUCAGUCGAAAUAGGCCAUAUCAACAAAAACGGAAAGUAUAG